AUUAUUGUGUUUUGUGCAUAAGAACCAUCACCAGCACCAUCAGACCUUCUACCACCUCCACCGUAACCACAACCUGCAGGAAAUUGGCUUGACAGCAGCCAGGAUGAGAGGAGGAGCCAUCACACUGGGCCUGCUCCAGCUGCUGCUGCUGGUGGAGCUCGGCCACACGGCUGCGCUCUCCGACACCCUGGAGGUUGCCCACAAUAUCACCCACCUGACGCGCUGCCAGAGUGAGCGGAAGGCGGCCCUCUUGCUGCCCCCAAUGAGGUCGUACGUGCCGACGUGUGACGACGACGGCAACUUCACGCCAAUGCAGUGCUGGGCACCCCGGGGGUACUGCUGGUGUGUGAACAACUACACCAGAGUGGAGAUCCCCGGCACCAGGACACCUCCGGGAAACACGCCCCCCAGAUGUAAGCUGCUGGUGGAGCUCGACCACACGGCUGCGCUCUCCGACACCCUGGAGGUUGCCCACAAUAUCACCCACCUGACGCGCUGCCAGAGUAAGCGGGAGGCGGCCCUCUUGCUGCCCCCAUUCGGGUCGUACGUGCCGACGUGUGACGACGACGGCAACUUCACGCCAAUGCAGUGCUGGGCAUCCACGGGGUACUGCUGGUGUGUGAACAUCUACACCGGAGUGGAGAUCCGCGGCACCAGGACACCUCCGGGAAAAAUGCGCCCCAGAUGUGGCCAGACGUCGCACGUCCCCCCCACAAUCACCCACCUGACGCGCUGCCAGAGUGAGCGGGAGGCGGACCUCUUUCUGCCCCCAAUGAGGUCGUACGUGCCGACGUGUGACGACGACGGCAACUUCACGCCAAUGCAGUGCUGGGCAUCCACGGGGUACUGCUGGUGUGUGAACAUCUACACCGGAGUGGAGAUCCCCGGCACCAGGACACCUCCGGGAAACACGCCCCCCAGAUGUAAGCUGCUGGUGGAGCUCGACCACACGGCUGCGCUCUCCGACACCCUGGAGGUUGCCCACAAUAUCACCCACCUGACGCGCUGCCAGAGUGAGCGGGAGGCGGCCCGCUUGCUGCCCCUAAUCGGGUCGUACGUGCCGACGUGUGACGACGACGGCAACUUCACGCCAGUGCAGUGCUCGGCAUCCACGGGGUCCUGCUGGUGUGUGAACAUCUACACCGGAGUGGAGAUCCCCGGCCCCAGGACACCUCCGGGAAACAUGCCCCCCAGAUGUGCUUCCGAUCAUGAGCCUUUCACUGGAGACUUGUGUCCCCCUGGUGUGUAUGUGUGUGGUCCUCGUGGUCAGGGAUCCUCAGUGGACACCCGGGGUAGCCGGCCGGUGUCGUCGGGGAGGGACACUUACUCCCCCAACCGCCAUGUCCUGCCUCCCAUCACCACUGGCAGAAGCCGAAGUUUAUCGUCAAUAACAAGGUACCGGGGCAGGCCCACCGCUGCCCCAGUGGGAGGGAAGCCGGAGGCGUUGAGGGAGCGCCCCGUGGAGGCCGGGGGGUGUACACACGCCUCUGAUCAACUGGGCGUUCUCUGUCCCACUGGCUGUGAGCUGAAGACCACCAUUUUGAAGCAAGAGACCAACAUCAAGCAGGCCGUGGCUCCCCUAAGCCGGCAGGUUGACGAGCUGUCCCGCUCCUCCAACAACAUCUACUCCUACGUGGAACGGAUGUCUAAUGCCCUCAGGGAGCGGCAGAAGGUCGUUGAUGGCAAUGGUCAGGUAGUGAGUCAGUACACGGACACCCUGGAAGAGCAACAUGCUUACAUCAAGGAGACCAUUGACACUGCCUUCCCAUCCGACAUCAGACUCCUGCAGGGAGCCCUUUCAAAGAUCAGAGAGAAAAUUCAGAAGCUGGAGAAAGCCAUACAGACCCAGCAAGUGAACUGUAGAGAACCAUGCGUCAGCAGUUGCCCUAUCCCAGUCGUCUCUGGUAAGGAGUGUGAGGACAUCUUCAGAAAGGGCGGCGUUGACUCCCAGAUGUACUUGGUCCAGUCUGGCCCUCUGAGCCCUGGAUACAAGGUCUUCUGUGACCAAACCACCAAGGACGGAGGCUGGCUCCUCAUCCAGAACAGGAUGGAUGGGAGUGUGGGCUUCGGCCGUCGCUGGGACGACUAUCGCCGUGGUUUCGGCAACGUCGCCUUUGAUGUGGGCAAGGGCCACUGCGAGACUCCAGGGGAAUACUGGCUGGGUAAUGAGCAUGUCAGCCAACUGACCAAUAUGGGCCCCACUGAGGUUCUCUUUGAGAUGGAGGACUGGUCCCAGAACAAGGUGCACGCCAUGUACAGUAAGUUCACCAUCCAAUCAGAGUCCAGUAACUACCUGAUGUCGGUGGACGGCUACUCCGGUACUGCAGGAAACACCCUAGAGCAAGGCGCCACGGAGUUGUAUGGAGAGAACAGAACCAUGACCAUCCACAAUGGCAUGAUGUUCAGCACCUUCGACCGCGACAAUGACAAAUGGAUCCCGGGUGACAGCAGUAAGCAAUGCUCUAUGGAGGACGGAGGCGGUUGGUGGUACAACCGCUGCCACUCGGCCAAUCCUAACGGCCGGUACUACAUGGGCGGGGCUUAUACCAGCAGAAUGGCCAAGCAUGGCACAGACGACGGCAUGGUGUGGAUGAACUGGAAGGGCAGCUGGUUCUCCCUGAAGACCAUGAGCAUGAAGAUCAGACCUUUCUUUCAGGGCAAAUAGAGGGUCCAACACACACACAGACAUUAGGCAAACUCUUUAACACCACCCUGACAAAAAGGCUCUGAUAUUGAUUGAGGCUCAUACGUUUUCCCACACGGUUCAUAUCAACUGCUAUAACCAUCCCAAAAAGACACCAUGUUAUUUUUUAUAAUUUAUAUUUUAUUUUCAAACUAGAAACUAGGGCCUUUUUAACUCGUGGAAUGUUUCAACAUUGAAGCAGAAUUGUUCACCUGAACGGUACAAUGAAAUGUUACAGCAGAAUGCUACAUGUUACGAUUCACCUGUGUGUGCUUGGAUGUCAGAUGUCAAUCGUUCUGCCGGGUGCGUGAUGUCAGUGUUUUCAUGUGUGAUGUUGUCAGUGUUGGGUGAGUCAAAGUACUUAUUGAUUUAAUAAAAACCCAUUCACUUCUAAA